UUGCACAUCAGAGUAGCUCUGUUCCUGCAGGUUUACUGGAAAACAUGCACAUUCAUAAUUUUCUUUUUUGUGUGAUUGUGUGCCUUUUCAGUCCAGUUUUCUCAGAUGAAGAUUUUAUACAAUUGAAGGCAUGUUGUACGUUCAAGGGUCCAGGUCUGAAAGAUAUAGAAUAUAUUAUAGUAAAUCGUUUUAACAAGAAAGUAAUGAUGCAGUACAACAGCACAAGAGGCAACUGGAAAGGAUUCACACCCUUUGCAAUUGAAAAAGCAAGCAAUUGGAGCCGUGAUCCCUAUGAUGCACGACUGAGAGCGUUUGAAAUAAAGAUAUUUUGUGAAGACAACAUAGAUCCCGUCCAACAAUUAGCUAAUCUCACCUCUGCACCCACCAUCAAGAUAAAUUUAGUGAAGCACCCGUCCAUGCUUGUGUGCAGUGCCUACAACUUCUAUCCAAAACAAAUCCGAAUGACGUGGUUGCGGAACGGAGAGGAAGUGACCUCAGCUGUCACUUUUUCUGAGGUGAUGUCUGAUGGGGAUUGGUACUAUCAGGUUCAUUCCUACCUGGUGCACACCCCGACUCGAGGAGAAAGAAUGACCUGCAUGGUCGAACACCUCACCCUCUCUGAACCAGUGCUUCAGGUCUGGGACCCUCCCCUUCCUGUGACAGAAUGGAUCAAAAUCGUUAUGGGAGUGUUUGCUCUGAUGCUUGGUUUUGUUAUUCUGAUCUCUGGGUUCAUCUACUACAAGAAAAAGUCUGCCGCACACUUUACUUUUUGCCAAGGACGAGUGUCCAUUCCUGUGGAAGACCUCCCUGCAGCUGAAGCUACGUAGCAGUACUGUUGGGACAUACCAUCCAAG